AUGGCUGGGCUAUUCGACCAACAGACCACCAGCAGACCACGCUCACGAACACACGUCACCAACACCCCGCACUCGAGUUCCGACGCUUCCGACGGCGGGCGGAGGCGGACACUAACGCGGCGGAACUCUCGUCUGAAGUGGAUCUCUCUCCUGCAAGACUCCUCCUGCAACCCACCGCCGACGGCGGAACUCUCUCGGUUCUCGUUUCAUAUCGGAGAGGGAGGAGAGAGAGGGCCAGGCGGACGGGGGUGGAUGAAUACCUCUCAAUACCUCACGUGAUCACUUGAGCUGCACACAAAUACAUGACGCAGCUCAGAUAUGUCCAUGGAAGCAUCAAGCACAGAAGCAUCAGGGUGUCGCUUUCGUCUGGAAUAGACUACAUGUAGACACAUCAAGACCGGAGAUGUAUGGUACGGUGUUGUGUACGCAGAGGCUCGUUCAUACACAGCAAUGCAGCAGCAGCAAGCAGUGGAUGCCGUGGUUAUGUCUCGAUCAAGAGGAAGACCGGAUAUAUAUGACACACUGCUGUUGUGUAGGAAGAGGAUCGUACAGUAAUGCAGCAGCAGCAAGCAGUGGAUGCCGUGGGACCUCAGAUUAAACAGCGACAAUACUUCCUUGACUUCGACCUCUCGUGAGUACGUGGGAGAGACAAGGAACUGCGGGCUUGCCACAGGAGAUGGGGAAAGAUAGAGAGAGUGGUGGUACACGCAGCAUGAACGCUGUCCUAAGAUGGCUGGUGGUGAAGUAGCACGCGCCUUGCGCGAGGACCGCGGGCGGUGUUCUCUACUUCAUCGCUCAUAUUCUGCCGAUGCCAGUCGAUCGUUCAGGCACGAGUGCCGAGAUUAACCAUGAGAGACUUGGUGGGUUGAGGAGCGACAUCUACUUGCAGGAGCGAGGUCUACUUCAAACAAGAGUUCC